GGGGCUGCGGUGCUUGGCGAGUGCGUGCGGGUGCGAAGGGGCGUGGGUUUAAGUGUGGGAGGAUGCGACAGGUGGGGAGCACGGGCCUCGCUUUUCUCGGUGGAUGCUAGUCUCAGCCGCUGGUGAGGGACGGUGGGAAUUGGCAUAAGGGGUUAACGUGGCUGCGAGCUGGAUCCCUGAGGAGGAGACCACUCUCCUCAUACCCAGCUGCCCAGGAGCCAGCGUCAGCCAAACCUCGGAGGCCGGGGCGGCCAAACACCUAGCUGCGUUCAGUUGGCGAUACGGACUGAGUGCUGAGAUGAGGACAGUGAAGCACAGCGAGGACAAAUAACCACUAGGAAGAGGAGCCAGGAUUCCCAUCCAGGACACACUGACUCCAUACUCCUCCCUCUGUACUGGCUCUCAUGUAAUCCCCUCCACAGGGGCUCAAGCUCUGCCCUCCCAGGUGAAGCCCUUCAAAUGAGGAGCCAGGAAGAGGAGGGGGUGAUGGGAAUUGAACUUAAAGCCAUGUCCCUGGAUUUAGUGACUUUCACAGAUGUGGCCAUAGUCUUUUCCCAAGAUGAGUGGAAAUGGCUGAAUCUUGCUCAAAGGACAUUGUACAAGAAGGUGAUGUUGGAGAACUACAAGAACCUGGUUUCAGUGGGUCUUUGCCUGUCUAAACCAGAUAUGAUCUCCUUAUUGGAGCAAGGCAAAGAGCCCUGGGUGAUAAAUGGAGAGAUGACAGGAGGCCUGUGCCCAGACUUGGAGUAUAUGUGGAUGACCAAAGAGUUAUCUCAAAACCAGGACAUUUAUGAAGAAAAAUUAUCCCAGGUAAUGAUAAUGGGAAGACUUACAAGCUCUGAUAACCUUGAAUGUUCCACAUUAGGGGAAAACAGGAAGGGUGAAGACCUGUUAGAGAGGGAGCUGGUAAGUCAGCAGCCACAUUUUAGGCAAGAGACAGUCAGUCAUAUAAAGGCACUUAUCGAGAAAAAAGGCCACUCUAACAAAUCCAGGACAAUUUUUCAUCUGAAUACAUUAUCUUAUAUAAAACACAUAUUCCCCGUUGAAGAGAGAAUAUGCAAUUUUGACACAGAUAAGGAAAGCUUAAAAACACAUUCAUUUGUCAAAGAACACAAGCAAGUCUAUGGAGAAAAGAAACUUCUGAAAUGUAAAGACUGUGAGAAAACUUUCAGCAAAAUCUCAACCCUUAUUCUUCAUCAAAGAGUUCACACUGGAGAGAAACCCUAUGAAUGUAUUGAAUGUGGAAAAGCCUUUAGCCAGAGUGCCCACCUUGCUCAGCAUCAGAGAAUACACACGGGAGAAAAACCCUUUGAAUGUACUGAAUGUGGGAAGGCCUUCAGCCAGAAUGCUCAUCUUAUCCAACAUCAGAGAGUUCACACUGGAGAGAAGCCAUAUCAGUGUCGUCAGUGCACUAAAGCCUUCAGCCAGCUUGCACACCUUGCUCAACAUCAGAGGGUCCACACUGGAGAGAAACCCUAUGAAUGUGUUGAAUGUGGGAAGGCCUUUAGUGAUUGUUCAUCCCUCGCUCACCAUAGAAGAAUUCACACUGGAAAAAGACCCUAUGAGUGUGUGGACUGUGGGAAAGCAUUCCGGCAGAAUGCUUCUCUCAUACGACAUCGGAGAUAUUAUCACACUGGGGAGAAACCCUUUGACUGUAUUGAUUGUGGGAAGGCCUUCACAGAUCAUAUAGGACUUAUUCAGCAUAAGAGAAUCCACACUGGAGAGAGACCUUAUAAAUGCCACGUGUGUGGGAAGGCUUUUAGCCACGGCUCAUCCCUGACCGUGCAUCAGAGAAUUCACACAGGAGAGAAGCCUUAUGAAUGUGCACUCUGUGAAAAAGCCUUCAGCCACCGUGGCUCUCUUACUCUGCAUCAAAGAGUUCACACCGGAGAGAAACCCUAUGAAUGCAAGGACUGUGGCAAAGCCUUUCGGCAGAGCACACACCUUGCUCAUCAUCAGAGAGUUCACACUGGGGAGAAACCUUAUGAAUGUAAGGAGUGCAGCAAAACCUUCACCCAGAAUGCACAUCUUGCUCAGCAUCAGAAAAUACACACUGGAGAGAAACCUUACGAAUGUAAGGAAUGCAGUAAGGCCUUCAGUCAAAUCGCCCACCUUGUUCAACACCAGCGGGUUCAUACUGGCGAGAAGCCUUAUGAGUGCAUUGAGUGUGGAAAGGCCUUUGGUGAUGGCUCCUAUCUUGUUCAACAUCAGAGACUCCACACUGGAAAAAGACCAUACGAAUGCCUCGAAUGUGGAAAGGCAUUCAGGCAGAGGGCAUCCCUGAUUUGUCACCAAAGAUGUCAUACAGGAGAGAAACCUUAUGAAUGUAACAUAUGUGGGAAAGCCUUUAGCCAUCGUAAAUCCCUUAUCCUUCAUCAAAGAAUUCAUACAGGAGAAAAACCUUAUGAGUGCCAGGAAUGCAGCAAAGCCUUCAGCCAGAUUGCCCAUCUUACACUGCAUCGGAGAAUCCAUACCGGAGAAAGGCCCUAUGAAUGUAAAGCAUGUGGAAAAGCCUUCAGGCAGAGUGUACAUCUAGCUCAUCAUCAGCGAGUUCACACUGGAGAGUCAUCCUCAAUCCUUCCCUCCUCCUCACCCCCAUACCACCAAGUCCUCUAGAUUCAAUCUCCAAACACCUCUAGAAUCCAUCCACUUUUUCUCAAUCUGUGUCCCAUCAUCAUAGUCCAAGAUUGUUGCAAUAGCAUUACUGCCAUUUUCCCUUUUGCUGUCCUCAAGUACAUAAUUUAAACUGUAGCCAGCUUAAUCUCUUAAAAGUAAAAAUUUGUAUUCAUGUUACUUUUCAAUACAAAACACGUUUUGAAGACUAUGUUAAAUAAUCCAUUUACUCCUUAGAAUAUAAUUAGUGUCGUUAAGGUUAGGGUUGGUUGCCUAACAGUCAUGUUCAGCCACAAGUAAAACGAAACCAGUAGCUCAGGAUUAAGAAACCUGCACAUUUUACAGCAGACAGGGGACUCUUUACUCUGCUCCAGGUAUGAAAGACAAACACAUUCUGAAUCGAAAGAUUCUGAAACACCAGUACCAUGGUGGCUCACUGCUCCCUCUGCGUGAAUAAAUAUGAGGACACAUAGCAUUGUUGAUGAGGAACUCUCUUCACCUGACACUUAAGUAAAACUAGGCCAAUUGGACAAAAGCAUUUGGUAGAAUGUAGGACUAGCCAGGGACAGUAUUUAAAAAAAAAAAAUAAGCUAGAAAACAAAUAGAUUUAUAGCCAUGAAAUAAACUGAAAAAGGUAGUUCAACACCUUGACCUGUAGAAAUACACCACAGACAAUUUCUGAGAUACUUAUAUUGUUCUAGAGUGUAAAAUAAAGCUUCCCAUCUUGUGUGAAACUAAAGACUGAUAGCAACAAAACAUACACUGUAAAUAGCUUAUAAAUGUACAUGUUAAAACAUAGUUAAACUUAUUUCAGAAGUAGAUGUGUAUCUAUAGAAAGACUCAGUCUGGCCAGAGAUGUAAAUUCAUUGAUGUUCCAAUAAAAAUCCCAUAUAUAUAUCUUUAACUUACUUUUUAAAUUUUAUUUAUUUAUUUUUAGAGAGGGGAAGGGAGGGAGAAAGAGAAACAUCAAUGUGUGGUUGCCUCUCACACAUCCCCUGCUAGGGACCUGGCCUGCAACCCAGGCAUGUGCCCUAGAGUGGGAAUUGAACUGGUGACCCUUUGGUUUGCGGUCCAGUGCUCAAUCCACUGAGCCACACCAGCCAAGGCAAAAUCCCAAUAUAUUUUUAAGCUGACAAGCCAGUUCUGACUUCUUAUAGAAUUAUGAUAUAGCAAUGUGGCUAAUUAUAGAUUAGUAUGUGGCUAAUGUAUUGUAUUACUCAUUAUUUGUUAAUUGAGCUCUUAGUAAUGUGCUAGGCACUGUUUUAGGUGCUGAGGAUACAGCAGGGUGGAAAAUGGAUGGAGAAUCAAAUGGGAGAAGACAGAAAAAAGCAGAAAUACACAUGAUGUGAUAAGUAUGUGAUAUGUACCAUCAUGAGAAAUAAUCUAAAGAAGGGGCUAGGGCCCUGGCUGGUGUGGCUCAGUGGAUUUAGUGCCAGCCUGUGAACCAAGGGUCACUGGUUCGAUUCCUAGUCAGGGCAUAUGCCUGGGUUGCAGGCCAGGUUCCUAGUAGGGGGCGCUUAAGAGGCAACCACACAUUGAUGUUUCUCUUCUUUCUCCCCGCUUCCCCUCUCUAAAAAAAUUAAACAAAUAAAUAAAUAAAUCUUUUCAAAAAGAGAAGGAGCUAGGAAGUUGUGAAAGGAAUGCCUUACUACCCCCCAGAACAUGUGGGCAUUAGAGGCAGGGGGGAGGGAAGAAUGAGAGGUAACUAUUGGACACAAAAGGUGUAAUGAUAACAGUCACAAUAGUCCCAAGGCAGAUAGUUAGGACACUUUGAGUGGUGCAGGAAGAGAGAAUUCAUGGUUUAACAAGGGUCAUGAGAGUCUGUUCACUCUUUAGCAAUAGUGGUUGAGAGCCUGGUGAAGGGUUUUUUUUGUUUGUUUGUUUUUCCAAAUUACCACCUCACUGAUAUAUAAUUCACAUACCAUAUAGUUCAGCUAUUUCAAGUAUACAAUUCAAUGACUUAUGUUCAGAGUUGUGUAACCAUCACCACAGUUAAUUUCUGAAUAUUUUCAUCACCCAGAAAGAAAUCCUGUGUCCUUCAGUAGUUCCUCCCACCCCUGGAGUACUCUCACCUGGAGUGCCAGAGCUCUUGGCUUCCAUAAUGACUGCCGCUGACGGCAGUAUAGAGGGCCAUAUGAGGGGACUGGAGCUUUGGGGUGCCCUCUUUACUUUGGCAUGGAAGCUAGAUGGGCAGGCUCAUCCAGAAUGUGUGGAGGUUUUAUAUAACCCCUUAUAUAUGAUAAAAAAAGGAUUCUUCUUUGCAUUGGGAAAAACGGAGUGAUCAGAUGGCUGUGGGACACUUAGCUCUCUGGAGAGACAGUUAUAUCCCUGGCACACUAGAAGAUUAAAGAUGAAUAUGUAAGAUAUUAAUGUACAAGACAAACUUAGAAUAUAAUCUUGGCUUAAAACAUACCUUCUUAAGCACUGCACGUAACCCAGGAGCUGGUUUUUAUGUGGUUUACAUCAGAGUCAAAGUUAAUAAGACAAACAAGAGGCUGAAAGAAAUCAUUUGCAACUAAUAAAGGAAAAUCCUGAUCAAAUCAGUAAUACAUCUGCAACUCAGUAUUAAAAUGGACAAAGCUAACAGCUAGUUCAAACAAGAUGAAAUAAAAACAGCUAAUGAAAAUUACCCAAUACCACUAGUAAUAAGAAAAAUGUAAAAUAAAAGUGAUGAUAUAUCUACUUUUCCCCAAUAAAUUGAUUUUAAAUCACAAAAGAGUGAUAAUACUCAGUUUUGGUAAAUGUGUGAAAAGACAAUGCCAUUGUCACUUAUAUAAGUUGCCAUAUGUGUACAGUGUUUGAAUCAAUAUUCCUCAGAAACCAAAGUAUACAAAGGUAGGUAAUUGUAUAAUGGCCAAAAUGAGUCAGGAACUGAUCAUAGGCAGGAUAAUGGUAAUUAUUGUAUUUGUUUGAUAGAAUUAUGCACUUGUUUAAAAAAUAUAAAUGUGUAUAGAGGCAUAGAAAGAUAACUGUGCUAUCCAAAAUGACAUAAAAUUUUCAGACCUGUAUUCUAGUAUGAACUCAUUAAUUGUGGUAUCAAAAAUAA